AUGGGAGAUAAUGUGUGGUCGGACCACGUUCCAGUAACCCUUACAACUCAAGACGCUUAUAAACAUAGAGGGGAAGCCCCAUGGCGAUUAAACAACACCCUAUUACAUGAUGAGGGUUUUAAACAUAAAUUACAAACUGAGCUAACUGAAUACUUUCGACUUAACGACCGACUGGACACCAGUCCUACCUUGGUUUGGCAGGCCCACAAAGCAGUUGUUAGGGGACAACUUAUUAGUAGAGCGGCCUACCUCCGGCGCAUUUCCCAGCAACACCACCUUACAUUAUUAACCAAAUUAAGGGACCUUAAACUGGCUCAAUUCUUACAUCCUAAAACGAACCUUACUACGGAAAUUGAACUUGUUACCAAACAACUGAAUGACCUUCUACUUCAGCACACAGCACGCAUGAUGCAAACACUUAAAAUGAAAACCUACACACAGGGAAAUAAAGACGGGAAAAAAUUAGCAUCACUAUUGAGACACCAAUUAAUACAAUCAAAGAUCCCAUAUCUACUCACUAAGAGGGGUGAGAAAAUAUAUAACCCAUUAGAUAUUAACGCAGAAACUGCAGUUUAUUACCAAACUCUUUAUAAUUUAAAAGAUGAUCCGCUAACACACCAACCUUCACAAUUAGAAAUUGACAAAUUUCUAAGGCAGAUUCACUUAAAUAAACUAACACAAGCUCAGAAAGACAUUUUAAGUGAACCUAUCACGCUGACGGAGUUACAACAAACAAUACGCACACUUCCCUCGGGGAAAUCACCGGGCCCGGAUGGCUUUACAA